AUGAAGAGGCUUGAAAACAGAGAGCAGGGAGGCCUUGGAACUUCCUCAAGAUAUCCUGGAGAGCCAAGUGCCGAUCACACAUCGAACACAGGGCCGGUAGGAGCAGUUGAAUCUCCUCCUGGCCCCAAAUUGUUUGGCGAUGAAGUCUGUUACGGCGCAUUAAAUGAUGCGGCGGCAAAGGUCCUGGGUAAAACCGGGAUAUCAUGCCAUUUGCCCGCUACCGAAAGCGCCUCACCAUUCGCACACUUUUGUUUACGGGCGCAAGACCACUACUAUGUACUCUGCUCCGAAACUGGAGCCGAGUUUGCGGUCUUGGAUACACGGACCAUCUCCAAGUUGAAGGCUCUCAGAGGAACGCCAAUGGUGCGGUUUGAGGCUGUCGCCCAAACCAGCGCUCUAACGAAGCGUCAGAGGGGAGGUAAACUGGGAUUGAAAUCAUUUGAUGUGUCCAUUAACAUCUUUGGCUUAAGGUUGACCGCUGACGACGUGGCAUCCCAACUAUCAAGAGUCUCUGCAUAUCUCCAACACCCCAAGUCGUUGUCUGCUGGGGUCGAAUACUACAACCCACAAUUCCUCACAUUUGCUGACGACAACUUAAAUAUGAAUGACUUCAUAGGCAUGGGUAGUGAGUCCCCAUGGGCUUUGAAGAUCAAAGUUUCGGAAGAGGUUGGGAAUAUACUGGAGUCUCUGGCAGAUGUGCCUGCAGAGGGGACCCUGGCGUUACCUGCUGGGCUCACCUCAACCCUCAAAAAACAUCAGGAGGAUGGGCUGCGCUUUAUUCUUCAAAGGGAAGAUGAAGGAUUCUGGCAGCAACUCUUGUCCCAGCUACGCCAAGGCGUGGCGAGUCUGUAUGCAAAGGUCAUUCUCCUCUUUUAUAAUGGAUCCAUCGGCUCAUUACUUGCUAGUACCAAAGAGGUCACAUCUAUUUCCUUUGGCGGCCUGAUCGCAGAUGUAAUGGGACUCGGCAAGACGCUUACUAUGCUCACGGCGAUCUUGCAUUCUGCGGCCCUGGCAGAGAGUUUCGGCAACUUUUACGAGAUGCGCGAAAACGAAUCCGUGGAGGCCAAAGUUCGCACGAAAGCGACUCUGGUCAUUGUCUCAUCAGCUCGAGUUCUCAGUACCGUCAACUUCCACGGUCCCGAUCGACCUCGAGAUCCGGAGACUCUGAGAUCAUUCGACGUGGUAUUGACUACAUAUGGAACGCUAGCCGCAGACCACGCCGGCCAAGGUAUCCUCCAGCAAAUGGAGUGGUAUCGCGUAGUACUAGACGAAGCCCAUUGGAUUCGAAACUCUGGUUCUAAGCAAUUUCGGGCUGCUCGGGAGAUCGAUUCUCUCAACUCUAAGAGAGAUGUCUCCAGGCGCAAUAAUAAGCUUUUCACAGCGGUUAUCAAAAUGCGCAUGCUCUGUAACGCUGGGACAUUCUCAUCGGUUGAAGAUACUGAGGCGCCUCUGCUGCAUUUGGAAGCCGAAUGCGAGCGAUGUAGGGCCACGGACGAAGACAGUCUCAUGCUUCUGGACGACUGCUCGUUCUGUCCAGGAUGCGGCAGACCAUUGGAUUUGUCUUGCGCCACCCCGGGCUCCACCGACAGCCAGGGAAGCGACUCGGAUGACAGAAUUGAUGAUAUAAGCAUGGCCUUCGAUGAGGUAGAUCAUGUUCUGGUAACACAGGAACAUCCUGUCCCUCUUAGUGGCUUCUCGACGAAACUUUCUGCUGUUGUGCAGAAUGUAGCGCGCAGCAGGCCGGAAGAUAAGAGCAUUAUCUUCUCAUACUGGACAUCGACACUGGACCGCCUCUCCCAGCUUCUCGAGGAAGCCAAGAUUCCACAUCGUCAGGUAGACGGCCGGGUGGGUUACGCAGAGAGAUCGAAACAUCUCAAGGCGUUCAAGGAAGACCCCCAACUGCUUGUGCUCUUGAUGACCAUUGGAACCGGUGCUGUUGGAUUGAACCUCGCAAUUGCCAACAGAGUGCACAUUGUCGAGCCUCAGUGGAACCCAGCAGUAGAAGAACAGGCGAUUGCGCGAGUCCUUCGUAUAGGAUUUCCGACAAGUUCUGGGUAUUAA